AUGCAGCGGUUGAUUGCCACUCCUCGAAGGAAGUUCCAGUCUGCCGAUCACCGACAAAAAACGGCUCAAACUCGAAAGCUCACAGCGUGUGUUCGCUGUAGAAUGCAACGGAUCAGGUGCGAUCCAGAUCCUGCCAAUCCCAGAGGGGUUUGCUUGACCUGCCAAAAAGUCAUGAAACCCACGCUGCAUAAACUUCCUUGUCUACGCUAUAAAUUGACGGAUGUUCGGCUGUUUCGAGAGGGAAGCUACGCUGCUGGUCGUGAGUGGAGUCAUCGAUGGUCAAGCAACAACAUGGACAACAUCAUGCAUUGGGCUUCGUCAGAACUGAAGAACAUACAAGUAACUCAAGACUAUGGUCCGACUACACUCACAUUCACGGUGAGACAAUUCGUGCCAGUGAAAGGAGAUAUGUUACAUCGGCAAUGGUCAGACGGAGCUGUCACCAAAUCCGUUGCGACUCCCAACUACGCGAUUGUUGACAUGGCAGCGGCAUUACAAGCGCACAAAGAUUUCAUCAUUAAUGAAGGGCCCCAAUUCUUCAAGAGUACACUUGACUACAACGAUCGAUUACUCUGGGACACCUACAGCACUGCAAUUUGGUUUUCUAAUACAGCUAAGUCACCUGAAGAAAGAGAGGUCUUGCAAAUGGUCCUCCAAUUAUGGGUAACCAUAAGAAUGCGCACGCGAUCAGUCCGAAUCACUGGUGCAGAGACACUUGGUAUGCCUUCUGACUUGAUGGACAAAUCAAGCGGAAUGCAUGGAAAGAUACCUAUUCCACCAGUAUUGGGCGCACAGAUGCAGUUUAUUCUAAACCACAAACUUCUAGCACCUCUCCGCUCCAAGAUCUUGGUUCGGUUACAGAAGCUCAUUCUGGACCAGAAACCAGACAACUGGUUUUGCAUCUAUCUCUGCACGUUCAUUUUACUUCAUAAUUGCUCAUUGCUAACGGCUCACGAUGUCGGGUAUGCUCGAAAACAUGGUCUUAAGAAGACUCAGCAUGCUAGGCCAGAUAUGAUCAAAGAACUCCAUCUCGGUGCAAAUGUUCUCCUUGCUCACUUUCACUACGGCUGCAAAGGCCAUCGUCCGUUCACUCUUGAUUGGAACCCGGAAUUAUCCACCUCGAUGGCAAAAUUGGAUGACAAGCAACUUCGUUUCGUGAGGCAGACGGCUGUCUAUGUCGAGUAUACUGGACCUCGCUUUAGCAAGCUACUUUCUGAAGGGAUCAACCAUAGCGAGCACUAUUUCGUGGCCCAAAUGUAUGAAGAGGAGUGGAAACCGGGAUUGUCUAUCGAAUAA